AUGGGCUCGCGCCAGGACGUCACGGGCCAGAUCACGCUUGAAGGUUCUCUACUCACGGAGCGUAUCGUCUUUUGCUCUCUUUUAGCGUUGACGCUCUUUCUGUUGCUUGUUGGAUUCAUCACUAUCACCGUCAUGUGGUACAGACGAGAGAGUGCCAGAAAACGGGAAACGCGCCACAAACCUGCAGCGCGCUGGGGACCGUGGAGUGAGGAAGAGAACAGAUUUGUCAAGAGGAGCCGGACUUCGUCGCUCAUCUUUGAGAAGGACCAUGUCAGUGAUUAG